AUGGACCAGAUAAUGGGUAAUUUACCCGCCACGAAUUUCGUAGGAGCGAGCAACGUGCUGCAGGAGCUGAACGCAGCGUUUCACCACAGCGAGGAUCAGCUGAGAGGGUACGCGGCUCAGAGAGGCGUCGAGUGGUAUUUCAUACCGCCGAGGUCACCACACUUCGGAGGACUGUGGGAGGCAGCCGUCAAGUUCGCCAAACAUCGAUUGCUGAGAGGGGUCGGCAACGCCAAGCUAACGGCCGACGAGUUGAGCACCCACCUGGUCGAGGUAGAGGCGCUGCUCAAUUCUCGACCAAUCGCAUCGCCUGGCAACGAUCCCAACGAUGGAGAGGCGCUGACACCAGGACACCUGCUGAUCGGUCAGGCUCUUCUUUCGCUGCCGCAAGAGUCCGACACAGGCGUAACCUCCAGCAAGGGCGGAUGCGAGUACUUGAGGCGGUGGCGAAUGCUGUCCGCUCUCAAGCAGCAGUUUUGGGACGGUUGGUCCAAGGACUACCUCGUCAGCCUGCAGCAGCGCAAUAGGUGGAGCACCGGAUGCAGCGAUUUGGAGGUCGGACGCUUGGUGCUCGUACACGAGGACAACUCGCCCCCACAACGGUGGCUCACAGGGCGCGUGGUGGCAACAACAGUCGGCGCGGACGGUAAAGUGCGUGUAGCACACAUCCAGACGUCAGGAGGCGUCAUCAAGCGCGCCAUCCAGAAGUUGGCAUUGCUGCCGAUAAACAUCGCUCCUAACGAGGAGGUUAAAGCGCCGGAGGCCUUCAACGGGGCCGAAAUGUUGGAGCACUAG